AUGCUGUUCUCACUGUUCAUCGGCAUAGUCGCUUUCUUACUGGGCACGGCUUCCGCUUACCCUACCGAGGACCCCGUCACACAGGUAUCGGGCAAUGAUACCAAAAUUUCCUCGGACUUCUACGAUGCCUCCAUCCAAGUCCUCCUUAACCGAGCGUCGGGUACCGAGUACUACUGGGAGAUGUUCCAAGGCCCAUCUGGCCAAGCUGUUCAGCCCUGUACCUAUCCUGAUCCGUUUAAAUUUGCCUCCAUGAACGGCCCCUACCAUUACGGGCGAGACGCCAUCGACAAUCCCCCGAGUGCUCCUGCUAUGGACCUCAAACUCCUCAAGUGGAUGGACCAUGACGAUUGCGUAUGGAGGACGCACGGUAACGGCGAUAUCGGGGAACUGAUUUGUGGCGAUUGA